GUUACUACGGUGAGGUUAGCUUGGCUUACCGCGGUGGACUACAACGGCUAGCUUUAAGCAGUGGAGAAUCUGGCACGCAGGUGGCGGGUUUUGACCCCACCCCUGCUGCCUUUGUCCGAGGUUAAAGUGAGAGAAGAGGAGAGUGAAAUGGGUUUGGGUUAGCUUUGGUGGAUGUAGAGAUGGGAAAUAGGUGGAGAAAACUGGCUCUUCUCUUGCUCCUCGUUCUGUUUCUUCUUCAAAUGGUGCGGUCUUUUGGAGCCAAUGAUUCAGCUUUCAUGCAGGAAAGAGCAAUAGAAAACAAAACGACCAUCAACAGAUGGUCAAGUGUUGGCCGCUCGCGUGGAGACCAUGGUGGUUCAUCUGGUAAUGGUGGUGAUGGAGCCUCAGGUGGCACUUCCAACACACAUAAUCCAGUGACUGGAGGGGGUCUGACUGCUCCAAGGAAUGGAGCUGUUGCUGGCCGCCGGAGGCAUAAUGCAGCAAGCAGCACCUACAGCUGCUCCCUUCCCAUUGUGCUCACUUCUACUGCACUUGGAGCUGCCUUUCUGGCUUUGUAAAUAGACAUGCAAAGACACCAAAUAUACACAAGAUGCUCGGCAUGCUGUUUGGUAUGUUGAGUCUGGCUGGUGGACGAUGGUUAUGAGAUAUAUCUGUUCUUGGUAAAAGCUUUGACUGCUGCCCCUUAGUUUUUGAACCACAGCGAGUGAUCAGUUUAGUGCCUUUGUUCAUGUGACAUUGUACACGAGUAAUUUGGUUUCUCUAUUCCAGUACUUUGUUUUGGUUAUAUAGAUUAGUGCUUCCAUUAUCUUUAUUCAUAUUCAGUCGUCUAUAAUGAAUGCACUUUAUAUUUAUCGAUUAGUUGAUUCAGUUAAGUGGGCUAUGUAAUGAAAAAGUUGCAAAGGAGAAUCAUUGAUGACAGCAUUAAGAAGACAUGAUAUGUUAUAAUUUGUCGAAUUAAAAA